UUGGGGAGUAGUGGGGGGGUGUGGAGGUGGCUGUGGAUCUCCCUGCUGCUGCCGAUUGCUAUGGAGUAUUUCAUGAUGCCCGCGCAGAAAGUGUCCUCCCUGCAGCACUUCAGGAAGACGGAGAAGGAGGUGAUUGGGGGUCUGUGCAGCCUAGCCAACAUCCCACUGACACCAGAGACCCAACGAGACCAGGAAAGACGGAUACGCCGGGAAAUUGCCAAUAGCAACGAGCGUCGACGCAUGCAGAGUAUCAACGCAGGCUUCCAGUCCCUGAAAACCCUAAUCCCUCAUACAGAUGGGGAGAAGCUGAGCAAGGCAGCAAUCCUGCAGCAGACGGCAGACUAUAUAUUCUCCCUGGAGCAGGAGAAGACCAGGUUAUUGCAGCAGAACACCCAGCUCAAGCGGUUUAUCCAGGAGUUCAAUGGCUCAUCCCCUAAACGGCGACGGGCGGAAGACAAGGACGAGGGCAUCGGUUCCCCGGAUAUCUGGGAGGAGGAGAAAGCAGAUGAUCUGCGGAGAGAGAUGAUUGAACUGAGACAGCAGCUGGACAAGGAACGUUCCGUGCGGAUGAUGUUGGAGGAGCAGGUGCGGGCUGUGGAAGCUCAUAUGUACCCUGAGAAGCUGAAGGCUAUAGCUCAACAAAUCCAGCAAGAGGAAGAGGGGGGGCAGGCACAGGGCCAGCAGCUGGAGUCACUGGACAGGGCGAACCAGCAUCUCCACUCCCAGCUCCUGGCACCACAUCUGCCCCUGGCGCCCACUCACCACCCCACGGUAAUCGUUCCCGCACCUCCACCUUCUCACCACGUCAAUGUCGUGACUAUGGGACAUUCCUCCGUAAUCAGUUCGGUGUCCACAUCCCGGCAAAACCUGGACACCAUUGUGCAGGCCAUACAGCACAUAGAGGGCACACGGGAGAAGCAGCUGCAGGAAGAGGAGCAGCGGAGGGCGGUCAUCGUUAACGUUGCACGCCCAUGCGAAGAUUCGGACACUGCCUCGGACACAGAAUGCGAUGACAGCGAAGCAGAGCAAAGCAAGGAUGACGCCAUGGAGGACCCCUGACAUCUGCUGCCCUACCCAGGAGUGGGCAAGAGACUGGGGAAACUGGAGGGCAGGAGGAGGCCUUGAGGGUACUUGAGGGAGCUCUGUCAGGGGCUACCCUCUGCCAGCCUCCUUCCCCCAAAUGCGUAGGGUUUAUAGGGGAGGUGGGGGGGGGGUCUACUGCUGACCGCAAAGAUACUGUAAUGAGGUUGUUGAGGGAGAAGGGGUUAAAGCACUAAGGGAUUGCCCUGGUCUGUUAGACAAUGGAGGAGUGUCAUAGUAGGGGUGCUUACUUUUAUUUUUUAUUUUUUUUAUUCCUAAAAUGUACCACAGUCCCUCAAUACCUGAAUUAUUUUUCUUAAAGCUUUCCCGGCAGAAGGGGGUUUAGGCCUGCACUGGUUAGAGAUGCGGUAGAGACUUGUUGGUGAAGUGUUGCUAAUUGCCGAUUUUGGAGUCCUAGGUUACCACGUAAUAGUCCUGGACUUCCAAGAUAUCUACGAGCUAUGGUAAUAAAGGGUAACUUCCACUUUAUUUAGAAGAACUUUUGGUGGGGACCUCGUCCUUGGCUUUCUUUAGCAGGGGCCCAGCCUUUGUGUUAACAGAAGAGACCUGACGUGGAGGUGUUCAAGUUAGAGCGUUGACUUGGAUCUUUCCUGUGAUGUAGAGAGCCAAGUAACACCAAAGGUGAUUGGCUGAGGCCUUUGUAUGUAUGAGCGCUGGAAAGCUGCUCGAUAAAGAAUGUAUCGGGCCCACUAGUGAUCCCCACUACAGUUCUUAAAUUAAGUGGAGACCUCUUAUAAUGCCACACAAACCAUUCUUUUCCGAUUUAUAACUUUAUAAAUACAUUUUAUACUUCUAUAUAUUUUAUAGACCUCGCUGUGUGUAUAUUAUACCUAUAUUUGACAUUGGUUUCUUUCUUUUAAAGGAAACUUGUCGAUAAAAACAAAAAAACAAAAAAAAAAAAGACUAGAAUAGGCCAUUGCUGUGGGUAUAACAAACCCUAUCUGUGUUUUUUUUUUUUUUUUAUCUGCCUCAAAAAAACAUUGUGCAGGCCUUUACACCACAUGGUGGCACUGUGGAGACCAGAGCGUUAAGCAUUUAGGAUCUAGUAUUCUAACAUGUUUAACUUGCUUUCAUAAAGUCAUAGUGACCCCUAGCUGACACUUGUACAGACCACACAAAGUCCUAGCACUACAUUAGAUUCUGGAUUCCAUUUGCUGCUAUGGCCUUUAAUCAUUUUAGUUGACUGUGCAUCAGAACUGAAGUCAGGAUUGGAUGGAUAUGGGUAAUAAAUGUAUUGCUACCACUGUAACUCCCUGCGUACCUCUGCCCGGAGUUACAGGUAACGCUAAACUGUACUUGAUGGAGAUUUCCGUUUGUCACAGUAUAAAUGAAUGUUGGCAGGUUAAAACGAAAUUCUGAGUGCAGGUCCCUUCUCAAAGUGCGGAUAAAUAAUUCAGCCCAUGAAUUCACUAUGAAGUAGUUCCGUCGCUGAGGCAGAAAAGGCGUUGAAUUGAUGGAGGCCGCAUUCUUCUUACUAUAGUUUUAGCCUAUAAAUGGCCAUGGGAUGCAGUCAGUAUACCGGCUGUCGGAAUCCUCGGCGAUCAGGAGACCAGCCGGCGAAAUGCCGACACAUGGUCGGAUUUCCCACUCGGUUGGUGGGUCCACGCUACCAACUAAGUGACCGAUGUACUUUAUUUUAUACUUACCAGAAAAAUUUAAAAAAUGUUGUGUUGCUAUGAGAUCAUUACUAAACCCUCCUCCUUGGUAGCUAGGGAGAAUGAUAGAGAAUGUAUUUUCUUAGCUUAAAAAUGGCCAAUUUAGAACUUUUUUUUUUACAUUUUAUUUUAAAAUGAUAUUUUGGGCAAGAAAACAAAAUGCAGCGUACUUUGCCUAGACUCCAUGCAGGAAGCCAUUUUAUGCGCUAAAAUAAUACUCAGCAUGGUUACCUUAUGCCUUCGUGUUAUCACUAGUUCCCAGUAAAUAGAUCAGGGUUAUGAAAAAUGAUUUCAGCCCAUAAAAUGGUGGCCUCGCUGUGAUAACUUUCAUUCUACCUUAUCCUGUACCGUUUUUAGUUCCCCCUGACUGAGCCAAGAAAAUGGAGUCAGGCAGCCAUUUUGUGCCAGUAUGUGUUUUACAGUAUGAAAGGCUAUCUAGUGACUGUUUACACUCAUGAGAUUUGUUGCUCUGCCAUUGGUGGUGUGGGUAGAAGUUUAACGCUUUUUUGGGGGAAAGUUGCAGGCUGUAUUUAAACUCCUCAGAAAACUUCUCGACGUUUUUAUUUGUUUUUGUUUUUUUCCCUCAAAUCAUAAGCACUUAAAUUUAAUUUUAUGUUUCCUGUUUGCUAGGGAUAUCUCUGCCAGUAACGAUGGGAAAGAUUAGGUAGACUGCUGUUGUUCCUCCUUAGUGGCAGCUGGAAAACACUUCAGCUUUGUCUCAUUGUUUUCUGCAAUUGAGCGUGCUGUGACUUACCGUGGUGCAGGCCAUUUAUCUAGCUACAGAAUCAUCCCAGCAUAUUUUUUAUAUGAUUCCAUAUUGAGUCAGGGGGUGGGCGGGGGUUAUUUUCCAUAGAACACUUUGUCUUAAAAUAUAGUUGUACUCAAAAUGUGUGUGUGUGUGUGUGUGUGUGUGUGUGUGUGUAUAUAUAUAUAUAUAUAUAUAUAUAUAUAUAUAUAUAUAUAUAUAUAUAUAUUUAUUUAUUUUAUAUUCUCACAUACAUUGGGAAGGGACACAAUAGUCUGAGAAGUGCGACGGUGGUAUAAUCUUCCGGCGUCACUCUGCGGACAACGUCCUGCAAUGCAAUUGGCUCAAAUUGUCUAGUACAAAUGUAAGGCCUGUACUGACAAUGAAAUAAACUUUAUGUAUGCAUCUGUCUGCUGCACAAAGUCCAGGCAGCCAUUUGUGGGCAGUGCCAAGGAUCAAUUUAUCGCCAGUGACGCCAUGAAGCCAGCUCCUAUGUGCUUUAUGCCUCAGUGAGGUUCCUAGUGAAUUUGUGGGUCACAAGAUGACUGGGUUUUUAUGUUUUUGCAAAUGUAGAGGACUGAAGCCAGUAUAUGUUCUACGGCUCUUAAUCUGGCUUAGUGGACCUAUAGAAUUCUAGAUAACCCUUCUUUUAAUAUGAGAUAUCUGCUAAACCUCAUACGUCUGGGCUAUAUUUCAGAUUUGUUUUUGUUAUACUGACCAGUGUCCUGUUUUUAAAGGGAAGUUCUGUUUUAAGUGGAUCUUUCGCCUACACCCAGUGGCGGGAGGUGCCAUUUUGUGCCCUGAACUAAUCUUGACCAUUGGUUCAGCCUAUAAAAUGGCCGGCGUCAAUGGGUGCUGGUGAUGUUACGACACUGAGCACGUGUAAAGCCUGCACCACCGUAAUUCGCAGCUCGCUUCUCUUCAGCAUAGGAAGUGGGAGGACGCCCCAGCUUCGAAACUUGCCCCCAGCUAUUCCCAGCACUCCUCCCCCUCUUCACCGAAGAUUGAUCUUCCUGUCAUAUUUUUUUAACCAUUUCAGCUCUUGUGUUUAUUGAGAAAAAAAGCUAUUUUAUAUUUUGUUAAGAAAGUGACAUAAAAAAACCCUGCAAGGCAGCAGCCUUUGUAAAGAAACAAAAUAAAAAUGUUUGUACUUUGUUUUUUAGAA